AUGUAAUAAAACAUUAUAUAUUAAAAAGAAUAGAUAACAAAGACUAAGUCCAUAAUUGCUAGAAUUUGUUCUUGUUUAAGCUUCUUAAAAUUAAAGUAAAAUCAAACAAAACAAGAAAAAUAUCAGCUUGGGAUUGAUAGUCCUAAAUCUUCAUUUUUAGUACCUUUUAAAAAUUUAUUUGGUUAGGGACAACGUAAACUCAUAGUUCUCGAUCUAGAUGAAACAUUAGUCCAUAGUUAAUUUUAAUUAAAAAAUGGCUAUGAUUUUGCAAUAGAUGUAAAAAGAGAGUUUAAUCUCAGAUUAUUGUCCAACGAUAAAUAUUCACUGUUUAUGUAACAAUACGACCAGGAGUUUAAUAAUUCAUUGAACAACUUAAUUAAUAUUAUGAUAUUGUUUUUUGGACUGCAAGUCUAUAAGAAUAUGCAGAUCCAGUUAUGGAUUUUAUUGAUCCCAAUCAUAUAGCUAUUGGUAGAUUGUAUAGAGAUAGUUGUACACCAUUAUAAAUAGGAUUUACAAAAAAUCUAAAUAAGUUGGGCAGAGAUUUGAAAGAAAUUAUUAUAAUAGAUGUAAUCAAAAAGAUUUAUUAAAAGAAUUCUGAAGUGUCUUAUCAUUUAAAUCCAGAAAAUGAAUUUUAAAUAAAAGAUUUCUAUUUUGAUAAAUAAGAUUAAGAACUUGAAUUAAAUAUCCCUUUUUUUAUUUGGUUAUCUUAAGUAUUAUUGUGUAACUAUAAAAGUUGCCAGAUGUAAGGCCAGUUGCUUAAUUAUUUAAAUAGUUCAAUAAUACAUAAUCUGAUGUUUUUAAAAUGAAAAAUACUACAAAUCUAGGUACCUAAUUUUAAGAAAAUGACCCAAAGAUAAUUUAAAGUCUUUCAAAAUCCUUAUCCUUAUAAAAGGCAAGAAUAAUGCUUUGUAAUUAAGUCUUUAGAACAUUAACUUUAUCAAAGGAGGAUGAUGAAGAUGAAUUAGACGAAAUUAAAAUCAGAGAUAAAUUAGGAUUAAAUUAGCCAACAGGUCAAAAAGGAAUUUAAUAAUAAAAUUAAACAGACGAAGAUGAUCAAGAUACUUAAGCGAUGGCACAUUGA